AUGUCCGUCAUACCCUGCAUCCGCUCUGUUCGUCGCUCCUCACUCCUCCGCAUUGGAGGUCUCCAAUCGCACCACAUCAUGCAACCCUCCAUACAAGGACUGGUUCCGGGCUCUUGGUCUUUGCGCAGCUUGUCCAGCUCUGGCAAAGCACGUCUUAGCCACAUCUCAUUCCAAUCGCAAUUUUACAUCCGAUCAUCGCUCCCAAGGCCCACAGCGAGGACCUACGCCGAUCGAAAAGGAUCCACCGGCAAAGCCGAAGCCGACCUCCUAGUCGAGGAACUACAAGAGCUGUACGAAGUCGCCAAAGACGAGUUCGAAAUUGCCACUGAAAGCACCGACUCAUCUACCAUCUACGCCGCAUCGGACCGCGAGUCUGCCCGCGAUGCUCUCAACCAGCUGUCCACCGUGUACGCACUCUACACUGCUCGUCCUGGGGAAUUUGAGAACGAGACGGAUGAGUCGUUGUCUGCGGGAGAAGAGGCGGGGGAGAGUGCUAUUAUCGAGACACAGUACAAUCCAGCGGAGGUCCCGCAGGGUGUUAAGGAUGAGGUGCGUCGUCGGGUUGGACAUCGAAUUCGGGAGUUGAAGAAUGCUGUUGAGGCGCUCGAGCAGAGGGCUACGGAGGAUUGA